GGUAAUUUCUUUACCAAAUGGAAGCUCUAAAAUCCUCCUUUCUGUACCCAAUCGCCGCCGCCCCCGCCGGCGGCGGCGGCGGCAUAAACCCCACUCUCAAAAUCCCAUCUUCUUCAAAACCACCACCGUCCAAUACCCACAAAUCCAGACCAAAUGCCACCACUUUCUGCUGCCGCUGCUCAGUCACACCGGACCCCUGGACCCUCAGCGAUGGCAAUAAGCCGAAACCCAAGUCCAAGAACCCCAAGAAUCGGCUCUCCGAUGACAACGCCCGCCGGAUUAUCAAAGCUAAAGCCCAGUACUUGAGCCAGUUGAGGCGCAACCAGGGCUCCCGGGCUCAGACUCCCAAGUGGAUUAAGAGGACCCCUGAGCAGAUGGUCCAGUACCUGGAAGAUGAUAGGAAUGGCCAUUUGUACGGAAAGCACGUUGUUGCUGCCAUCAAGAGAGUGAGGAGCCUCUCCGGGAAGCCUGAGGGUUCUUAUGACAUGAGGGAAGUGAUGGGUUCUUUCGUUGCCAAGCUGACUUUCAGAGAAAUGUGUGUGGUGUUGAAGGAGCAGAAGGGUUGGAGACAAGUUAGGGACUUCUUUGCUUGGAUGAAAUUGCAGUUAAGCUAUCGGCCUAGUGUUAUUGCCUACACAAUUGUUCUCCGGGCCUAUGGUCAAGUUGGAAAAAUCAAGCUUGCUGAGCAGGUCUUCCUUGAGAUGCUUGAAGCAGGGUGUGAACCAGAUGAAGUUGCUUCUGGAACCAUGUUAUGUGCCUAUGCCAGAUGGGGCCGCCAUAAAGCCAUGCUAUCCUUUUAUUCGGCUGUGCGAGAUAGGGGCAUCACGCCACCAACUGCAGUCUUCAAUUUUAUGCUCUCAUCAUUACAGAAGAAAUUGCUUCAUGAGCAUGUUUUGAAUGUAUGGAGGCAAAUGAUGGAUGAUAAGGUGGUCCCUGAUCAUUUUACUUAUACAGUUGUCAUCAGUUCAUUUGUCAAAGUUGGUCUUGCUGAAGAUGCUUUCAGGACUUUUGCUGAAAUGAAUAAUAUGGGAUAUGUGCCUGAGGAGGCAACUUACAGUCUUCUGAUUGCUUUGAGUGCUAAAAGUGGUAGCUGCACUGAAUCUUUCAAGCUUUAUGAAGACAUGAGAUCACGAGGAAUUGUUCCAAGUAAUUUCACUUGUGCUUCCCUUCUAGCAUUGUACUACAAAAUUGGGGAUUAUUCUAAAGCCCUUUCUCUUUUCUCUGAAAUGGAAAGAUAUGGCAUAGUUGCAGAUGAAGUCAUUUAUGGUUUACUUAUUAGAAUAUAUGGAAAACUUGGUUUGUACGAGGAUGCUCAGAAGACGUUUGAAGAGGUGGAGAAGCUUGGGCUAUUGAGUGAUCAGAAAACAUACACGACAAUGGCACAGGUCCAUCUCAAUUUUGGAAGUUUUGACAAGGCUUUGAGCUUAAUGGAGAAAAUGAAAUCUGCAAACAUUUUGUCAUCGAGGUUUGCUCUAAUUGUCCUCUUACAGUGCCAUGUUAAGAAGGAAGAUUUAGAAUCUGCUGAAACUACAUUUCAGGCUUUAUCUAAGACUGGGCCUCCAGACACUGGUUCUUGCAACUGUAUGCUUAAUCUGUUUAUGAAACUUGAUUUGAUGGAGAGAGCAAAGCAUUUUGCUAUGAAGAUCAGGAAAGACCAGGUAGAAUUUGAUAUGGAGCUUCUCAAGACAGUCAUGAAGGUUUAUUGCAAGGAGGGUAUGAUAACUGAUGCAAAGAAUUUAAUAGAUGACUUGUGCAGAACGAAGAUGUCUCUGGAUUGUACCUUUGUCCAGACUUUUCUGGUGGCCCUGUAUGGAAGCAGGCCAGCAGAAGCUGAAUUUUUUUCUGAGCCCUUCGACAAUUCUGACCCCUUGGCACUGGAACUGAUUCUUACUCUCUUAGUUUCUAAUCAACAUGCCGCAGGGUUAGAGGGAAAUUUUAAGUUGUUCCUUGAGAGUGCAAAUGGUUUGUUAGUUGCAAGUCAGCUUAUUAUCAAAUUUUGCAAACAAGGUAAUGUGGCAAAAGCGGAAUAUCUUUUUGAGCUACUGAUUAAGAUGGGUAACAAGCCAAAGGAUGCAGCAAGUGGAUCUUUGAUUAGUUUAUAUGGAAAGCAGCAGAAGUUGAAACAAGCUGAAAAAGUCUUUGCAACAGUUGCAAAUUCCUCUGAAACACGCGGAAUGCUGCAUAGUUCGAUGAUUGAUGCUUAUAGCAAAUGUGAUAAACAUGAGGAGGCAUACAUGUUUUACAAAGAAGAGACACGGCAAGGAAACAAUUUUGGUCCUGUUGCCAUUAGCAUGCUUGUAAAUGCAUUGGCUAAUAGAGCUUUUGCAGGCAAAUUCCGUGAAGCAGAGGAUGUUGUUCAUAAUAGUUUACGUUCUGCUUUGGGGCUUGACACUGUAGCUUAUAAUACAUUUAUCAAGGCAAUGCUUGAAGCAGGUAAACUGCGCUUUGCUGCUAGCAUUUAUGAUCGUAUGCUUUCCCUGAAUGUUGCUCCAUCACUUCAGACAUACAACACUAUGAUCAGCGUCUAUGGACGCGGCCGGAACCUGGACAAAGCUGUAAAGAUGUUUGACAUGGCUCGUAGCAGAGGCAUGUCUUUGGAUGAGAAGACAUAUACGAACAUAAUAUGCUAUCUUGGAAAGGCCGAUAGAACUCAAGAAGCAUCACUUCUGUUCAACAAAAUGCAGGAAGAAGGGAUCAAACCUGGGAAGGUAAGUUACAAUGUUAUGAUGAAUAUAUAUGCCGCUGCUGGGCUUUACAAUGAAGCGGAGGAACUCUUCUGCAGCAUGAAGAGAGAUGGCUGUUUACCUGAUUCCUACACCCAUCUUGCUCUUAUUCGAGCAUACACACAGGGUUUAAAAUAUUCAGAAGGAGAAAAGGUCAUUAUUUUAAUGCAGAAGGAAGGACUUUGUGCUUCUUGUGCUCAUCUCAACCUCUUGUUAUUAGCUUUUGCAAAAGCUGGUUUAACUGAGGAAGCUGAAAGAUUUUAUGGAAAAUUCUUGACAUUUGGUUUGACCCCUGACAUUGAGAGUAACCGAAUCAUGCUUAGGGGUUACCUGGACUAUGGGCAUAUAGAAAAAGGUAUCUCUUUCUUUGAAAGGAUUAGUGAAUCUGUGGAGCCUGACAGAUUUAUCAUGAGUGCAGCCAUACACUUUUACAUGUCAGCAGGCUUGGAGCACAGCGCAGAAGAACUUUUAAGGUCUAUGAGCAGUUUGGGAAUCCCAUUCUUGGAAAAUCUUGUAGUGGGAUCGAGGACUAAGGCCAACCCCAGCAAUGGCACUGGGGAGUAGAGUACCUGAUCAAGGACUAAUUGCCCCACGAUUUAAGCUUACCACUGUCAAUCCACUCCUUCAAGUGUUACACAGGAGAAAUGAGCUCUCAGUGCUUAAUCAUGAACCAAAGAUGACCCUGAUGAAGAUUCAUCCCUGUACAUUUGAUCUGCAGUCUACCCUAUCACUAAUUAGAUGGAAUUGAGAAAAAAGACGGUAUGACUUGCCUGGUCAUUGAAGACUGCAUCAUCUCAGAUGAUACAGUUGGAAAGGAGAGUUUGGGCGCGGAAGAAAACAUAUCGGGCAGCUCUUUAGUCAGGGAACUCUGUUACUUUUGUAGGAGACAGCAAAUGAUUGUAUACUGGACUGCCAGACUGCAGAAGGGGGUUUCUGCUACCUUAGAGGGGUUUUCUGCUGCCUUAGUUACUGGUGUUUCAACUAGUAUAUAGUUUCUACCAUAGGCUUGGAUUCGUAGGAUGUGGAUGCAGAGUUAGAGGUGAUAAAUCAGUUCGUGCAAGUGGCCUCCAGUGCUUCUUCUUUUGCUUCUGCUCUGUUUUUACUUUCCAUGGGAGCUUUUCAGUAACCUCCCAAAUGGAACCACAUGACCUGAGAAGACCUCGUGACAUGAGAACAUUCUGUUGAUAGAAAAUCUGGUAGUAGGAUUUUGAGAAUUGAUUUGUAAGAUUCGUCAACUUUAACCAACUGUAAUCAUCAAGUUCUUAAAGCUGAGUCAAGUUCUGCUUUAUAAGCAAAAAGGUUUUUGAAAUACAAUUAGAAGCAAAUUGCCUUA